GUUGUCCUGCUUCAGAAGCCUGUGGAGUCGCUGAGAUGUUGACAUGCUGAAGCAUCAGCCUCAUGUCCUGUGGUGAGGUGACGCUGUGUUAUUGUUUGAUAACUUAAAAUUACUCAAGAUAACACAACAACGCUCUGCUGUGAAGUCCCCAUGAGGUGAUGCUGCAUGUGUUUCGCUGUCCUCUGCAGAGGCAUCUCAUCUCUCCACAAUGGACAUGCCUGCGCUCCCUGCUUUCCACCAAGCCUCACUCCCUUCAAGACAAGGGCUCCACAGAGACCCGUCGGAAUCCCCUCAACAUUCAGAUGCUGUCAAAGAACCUCCAUAAGCAAAUCUUCCAAGGACAGGAACCAGAAUACAGAGAGGAAGAUGUGGAGCGCGGCAUCAGGCAUUUACAAAAACACCAACUGUGGGGGAAAGAAACGUCACUGUUGCCAGACGUCGAGCUGAAACUUCCUCAGAUGUAUGGCAAAAACAUCGAUGAACACUUCCGUGUCCUGGCCCAGAAUCAGAGCCUUCCAUACCUUGAGGCUGCCAUUGACCUGCAGCAGGCCGAGCUCCCUCCCAUGCCACAGGAGUGGAAGUGGGAAGUUGGCUGGACGCGCUAUGGGUCCGAUGGGGAGAGUCAGAGGGUGGACUUCCCAGAGGAGUCAGCUCUGGUGUUUGAUGUGGAGGUGUGCAUGUCAGAGGGACGGUGUCCCACAAUGGCGGUCGCUCUGUCUCCCACUAACUGGUAUUCCUGGUGCAGUAAGCGUCUGAUUGAAGAACGAUACUCCUGGUCAAAUCAGCUGACGCUUGCUGACCUCAUACCACUUGAGACACCGACAAACUCUGUCUACCCUCCGAGAGGCCUGUGGAAAAACAGGCUAAUCGUCGGCCAUAAUGUCAGUUUUGACCGAUCAUUCAUCAAGGAGCAAUACUUACUCAAGGGUUCAAAGGUGCGCUUCAUGGAUACCAUGAGUCUUCAUAUGGCCAUAUCAGGACUGACUGGGUUCCAGCGCACACUGUGGAUGGCCAGUAAGAUGGGCAAGAAGCGGGGUCUUCAGGAGGUCAAGGAACACAUUAAAAAGACUGGACAAAAAAGAGAGGGCACAAUGGUCGGCUCAUGGGACUGGGUGAAUAUCAGCAGCAUUAAUAACCUCGCUGAUGUCCACUCACUGUAUGUUGGAGGGCCACCACUGAAGAAAGAGGCCAGAGAGAUAUUUGUCAAGGGUACCAUGAUGGAUGUCAGGAACAACUUCCAGGAGUUGAUGCAGUAUUGCGCCAUGGAUGUUGAGGCCACACACCAAGUCUUCCUAGAACAGCUGCCUCUCUUCAUGGAAAGGUGUCCUCAUCCAGUGACCUUUGCAGGCAUGCUGGAAAUGGGCGUGAGCUACCUGCCUGUCAAUCAAAACUGGAAUCGAUACCUGGAAGAUUCCCAAGACAUUUAUGAAGAGCUGCAGAGGGAGAUGAAGAAAUCUCUGAUGACCCUGGCAGACGACGCCUGCCAACUGCUGCAGGAUGAGAGAUACAAAGAUGACCCGUGGCUUUGGGAUCUGGAGUGGGACGUGCAGGAGUUCAAGCAGAAGAAAGUAACAGCCAGCAAGAAGAAACAGUUGAAAAAAUCAGCUGAAACAGAAGUUAAUCCUCCUCCUCCUCCAGAAACGGAAGAAGAUCCAGGUCCACCAUCUGAAGAGGAGAUGGCAAAUGCUCACCCCAGCAGACUGGCUGUGGAGAAACUGAAGGAAACAGUAAGCCGACUUCCUAAGAGAAGGCAACAUCUGCCUGGACAUCCUGGGUGGUAUCGUAAGCUGUGUGAGAAGAUGUCAGAGGAGGAGAGCUGGUCACCUGGAGCCAGCCUGAUCAGCCUACAGAUGAGACUGACGCCGAAGCUGAUGGGUCUGACAUGGGAUGGAUUCCCUCUGCAUUACUCAGAGAAACAUGGAUGGGGCUAUCUGGUACCUGGACGUAGGGACAACCUUGAUUCUCAGGAGGAAGACACUGGACCUGUGUGCCCACACAGAGCUAUUGAGAGCGUUUACAGAGAGUAUUGUGAGCAGAACAGCAAAGAGCGUCCUCAGGAUCUGGACUCCAGUCUUCCAGAUGAUCUCAUGUUGACUGACAGCGCAGUAUGGUCAAAGGUGGAGGAGUUGGGUUCCCUGGAGAGUUUGACGGAAGAUAUUGAAGUUAAAAUGAUGAGACCUGGGGAAAGGACCAGAGUAAAAAAACAUGCUGAUUCCCCUAAUGUCCCUGAGCAUAGCCAGUGCCAUUAUCACCAUGGAAACGGUCCAUAUAAUGACGUAAAUAUCCCAGGGUGCUGGUUUUUCAAAUUACCUCACAAGGACGGUAAUCAAAACAACGUCGGCAGUCCUUUUUCAAAAGACUUUCUGGCCAAAAUGGAGGACGGAACACUCGGGGCAGGACGGAGUGGAACGAAUGCCACUCGAGCUCUGGAGAUCAACAAAAUGAUGUCCUUCUGGAGGAAUGCCCAUAAACGUGUCAGCUCUCAGAUGGUGCUGUGGCUGCGUAAAGGAGAGCUUCCACGCACCGUUGUCAGAAACAAAGAAUUUGAUGAAGAGGGCCAGUAUGGUGCCAUAUUACCUCAGGUCGUAACUGCUGGAACAGUAACACGUCGGGCUGUGGAACCAACAUGGCUGACUGCCAGUAACGCUCGGCGGGACCGAGUAGGCAGCGAGCUGAAGGCCAUGGUGCAGGUGCCACCCGGGUAUCACCUGGUUGGAGCAGAUGUCGACUCUCAGGAGCUGUGGAUUGCUGCAGUUCUAGGAGAGGCUCACUUUGCUGCCAUGCACGGUUGUACAGCAUUUGGCUGGAUGACCCUUCAGGGGAAGAAGAGCCAGGGCACGGACCUGCACAGCCGCACUGCAGAUGCUGUGGGUAUCAGCAGAGAGCAUGCAAAGGUGUUCAACUAUGGACGCAUCUACGGAGCAGGACAACCCUUUGCAGAGAGGCUGCUCAUGCAAUUCAACCACCGUCUCAGUCAGGUUGAAGCUGCCAGCAAGGCCAGGCAGAUGUAUGCCUUAACCAAGGGUAUACGCAGAUACAAUCUGUCAGAGGAGGGUGAGUGGCUGGUCAAAGAGCUGGAUAUAGAGGUGCAUAGGGAGGAAAAUGGAAGUGUCUCCCUGCAGGAGUUGAGGAGGAUUUCUAGACUGGCUUCAAGUUGCUCGAGGCGAAAGAGGUGGGACAUAGUGGGAAAACGUCUGUGGGCUGGAGGAACUGAAUCGGACAUGUUCAAUAAGCUGGAGAGUAUCGCUCAUUCAGCACAGCCGGCCACUCCUGUCCUGGGCUGCAGAAUUAGCCGAGCACUGGAGCCAAAGGCAGUUAAGGAUGAGUUUAUCACCAGCAGAGUGAACUGGGUGGUCCAGAGCUCAGCGGUGGACUACCUUCAUCUGAUGCUGGUGGCCAUGAAGUGGCUCUUUGAGGAGUACAACAUCGACGGCCGCUUCUGCAUCAGCAUCCAUGACGAGGUGCGGUACCUCGUCCGCAGUGAAGACCGCUACCGGGCGGCGCUCGCACUUCAGAUCACAAACCUACUCACGAGGAGUGCAUUUGCCCAUGCCUUAGAUAUGCAGGACCUUCCUCAGUCAGUAGCUUUCUUCAGUGCAGUUGACAUUGACCAGUGUCUGAGGAAGGAGGUCACCAUGGACUGUGUGACUCCCUCUAACCCCACGGGUCUGGAACGCAGAUAUGGUCUCUCGCCUGGCGAAGCCUUGGACGUCUACGAAAUCAUCAACAUCACUAAAGGCUCACUGAACAAAGAAAGAUAG